GUUGAUUUUGUGUGGUGGUUUGAGAACAUGAACAUUGGGUUUUUGGAGUACUUGUGGUUUUUUUCUCAUGGAUCAAAGGUUACCCUUGCUAGUAAUCAUCUUGUUGUUUUGGAGGAAUGCUGAUGGAUUUAAAGGUGGAGCUUAUUCCAGUGCCCAUCAUGGGUGGGGUCAGCCUUCUGAUGCUUUCUCACCUCGUGCAGUCCAGUCUUCUAUGUCAGAGAUCAAUUUGACUGGGAUUUUGCCUGUUGAAGAAGUGGGCUCCAGUUUGUUCCCUAACAACCCCCUGAAAAGCAAGUCUAAGUUGAAUCUACUUCAGUUUGUCAAAGGUGGUUCCAGCAGCUAUCAGUCAACAUCCCAUGCCCAAACUGCUCCAAGCAGCUCUGUCUCAGCUUCCUUGACUCUGUCCCUGAAUCAACAGCCUUCAAGCAGUUUGGCAUCCUCUGGAUCAACCAUUCCAGGUGUUGCUGGUGGAUUAAGUUUGGAGACCCAAUAUGCUGCAAGUGGUUUAGGACAAGUUGUUUCUACCUUAGGAGAGCGUAUUAGCUAUCCUGCUAAGCUUGGUGUUUCUGGCCAAUCCACCAGUGAUACUUUGCAUGUGUCCAGCUCCCAGGAAACUGCUGUUCAACUGGCAGAAACCUCUUUGCCUGUGUUCUCUAAAAAAAAGUGUCUUACAGCAGUUCAUCUGCUCCAGGUGCCACUUCCACUUCUCGGAGUAGCCCUGCACUACUUUCAGAAAGCUUGGUUCAACCUGUAUCUUCUCAGGGUGAAGUUGGUUACAGUGGUUUGUCUCAAGGUGCCUCUAAUCCGUAUACCCCAGACCCAAUACCAUGCUUGGUUCUCCCAUUUCUAGCCAGUCCAGUGGUGACCAGAGCUCCCCCAGUCUGUUUGGCUCAAGCUCUCGGGGUAGUUCUGAUGCCUUUUUAGCUUCUGGUUUUUCUCUUCUAGAGGAAGUGGCAGGGCUUCGUCCUCUUGACCUGUCUUCCAAAUAUCCAGGGACGUCCAGUCAGUUUCAGCCCUUGGUGGUACCUAGCCAGUCUACUAAUGGUCAAAGCUCCCCUAGUCUACAUAUGGUUAGCCCUCAGAGCAGUUCAAAGUCAACAUUUGCUGCUACACCUCUAUUCACUCGAGGCAGAGUCCAUUACAAUAGCUUAUCUAGCAAGGCUCAAGGCUCUACCACUUAUCAGGGCAGCUCUGGAGCUGAAUUGUCUGCAAGUUCUGUCCAAUCUAUCCCCACACGAGUAGGGAGUUACAGUGGUGUCCCAGUCUCUCAGUGCCCCUAGUCUGUAUACUCCAGGAUCCCUGGUGGCUAACAAGCAAGCUUCUUUA